AUGAGUCGGACCGAGGCCGAUCUGGCCAUAAAUAUCCGCAAGGCGACAAGUAUUGAGGAAACCGCGCCCAAACGAAAGCAUGUGCGAAGCUGCAUUGUGUACACGUGGGAUCACAAAUCGUCAGCGGCCUUCUGGGCGGGUAUGAAAGUACAGCCUGUGCUCGCCGACGAGGUCCAAACGUUUAAGGCACUUAUCACCAUCCAUAAAGUCCUCCAAGAGGGACAUCCGAUCGUGGUUCGCGAGGCACAGCAACACUCCAACUGGAUUGAUAGCUUAAUGCGAGGUGUUGGGGGUGAAGGGGUCCGAGGAUAUGCGCCAUUGAUCCGCGAAUAUGUCUUUUUCCUCGAGUCCAAGCUCUCCUUCCACCGCAAUCAUCCUGAGUUCAACGGUCUCUUCGAAUACGAGGAAUACAUCAGUCUCAAGACUAUCAAUGAUCCAAACGAGGGAUAUGAGACUAUCACUGAUCUUAUGACUUUGCAAGAUCAGAUCGAUGGUUUCCAAAAGCUGAUCUUUUCGCAUUUCCAAUCGGGUACACACAACGAAUGCCGAAUUUCCGCACUGGUACCUCUUGUCCAGGAGAGUUAUGGCAUCUACAAAUUUAUCACAAGCAUGUUGAGAGCCAUGCAUACCACCACCGGAGACGACGAUGCUCUCGAGCCACUCCGUUCUCGCUAUGAUGCGCAACACCAUCGGCUUGUUCGCUUUUACUACGAAUGCUCCAACCUCCGUUACCUGACGAGUCUGAUCACCAUCCCCAAAUUGCCUCAGGAUCCACCUAAUCUCCUCGGAGAGGAGGAGGACCGUCCAGCACUGCCCAAGCGACCGACAAAGGAAGUCGAGCACCAGCCGUCACCCCCGCCAAAGGUCGCAGCCGAACCGGAACCAAUUAGCGACUUCUGGACCAACGAGGCUAAGCGUCAGCAAGAAGAAUACGAAGCGGAACAAGUUCGUCUGCAACAGCAGUGGGAUGAGCAGCAACGGCAGCAAAUGCUCGCUCAGCAGGCCCAGCGUGAUUUCGAGGAACAGCAACGUCUUCAGGCCGAGCAGCAACGCCUGGCCCAGGAGCAGCUUCUUCGGGAUCAAUUCGCCUCGCAGACACAAGGUCGUCUCGCCGAACUCGAGCAGGAAAACCUAAAUGCGCGAGCUCAGUACGAGCGUGAUCAGCUUAUGCUUCAACAGUACGAUCGCCGCGUCAAGGAUCUGGAGGAGCAAAUGAACCAGCUGAAUGCGAACAUGAAUUUGCAGAAUUCGUCCAAGGACGAGCAGAUCCGGGCUCUGCAGGAACAAGUGAACACAUGGCGGACCAAGUACGAAGCUCUGGCCAAGUUGUACUCGCAACUUCGCCAGGAGCAUCUGGAUCUUCUGCAGACCACCAAGAGUCUGAAGCUCAAAGCUGCUUCUGCGCAAGAAGCCAUCGAGCGCCGUGAAAAAUUGGAGCGCGAGCUGAAGACCAAAAAUCUGGAGCUUGCUGACAUGAUUCGCGAGCGUGACCGUGCUCUCCACGACAGGGAUCGUCUGACCGGUACAAACAAGGAUGAGUUGGAGAAAGUCAAGCGCGAGCUCCGUAUGGCUCUCGAGCGUGCUGAGAAUGCCGAGCGGUCCAAAGGAAAUGAGAUUUCCGCUAUGCUGUCCAAGUACAACCGCGAGAUGGCAGAUCUGGAAGAGGCUCUUCGCAACAAGACUCGAGCGCUCGAGGACAUCUCCAGCCGCAACAAUGAGCGGUCGAGUGACCACGAUCUGGCUCUCCGCGAAAAGGACGAGGAGAUCGAGGUGUACAAAUCAGGCAUGGAGCAGGCGUUGAUGGAGCUGGAAGAGCUGAAGCUUAGCCAAGGUGACGUUGAUCAUGCGUUGGACAGUCAGAUUGACACGGUCCUUCACGGAACCGUCACCAAGAUCAACGACAUUAUUGACUCGGUGCUGCAGACUGGAGUGCAGCGUGUCGACGACGCUCUGUACGAGUUGGACUCUUCCAUGCAAGCUGGUAACCAGAACGCAUCGCCACCUUACGUUCUGUCACAGAUCGAGAAGGCCUCGGCUUCUGCCACAGAAUUCUCGACUGCCUUCAACAACUUCAUUGCCGAUGGUCCGAACAGUCCCCAUGCAGAGAUUAUCCGCACUGUCUCCGUGUUCUCUGGCUCCAUUGCUGAUACAUUGAGCAAUACCAAGGGUCUGUCACGAUUUGCUAAUGAUGACAAGAGCUCCGACCAACUGUUCAACGCGGCGCGCAAGUCCGCUCAGGCAACUGUGCGCUUCUUCCGAGGACUACAGUCUUUCCGACUCGAAGGGAUGGAGCCUCUGCAGAAGACCGACGUGGUCAUCAACAACAACCUGGAGGUCCAACGCGAUUUGCAGGCUCUUUCGAAGAUGGUGGAAGCGUUCCAGCCUAAGAGCAGCAAGAUCGCCACCAACGGUGACCUGGGCGACUUGGUCGAUCAGGAGCUUCUGAAGGCUGCGGACGCCAUUGAUGCCGCUGCGCAGCGUCUGGCCAAGCUUAAGAACAAGCCUCGCGAUGGCUACUCCACUUACGAGCUGCGUAUCAAUGACGCUAUUCUCGCUGCCGCCAUUGCGGUGACCAACGCCAUUGCCGAGCUCAUCAAGGCCGCUACCGAGUCUCAGCAAGAAAUUGUCCGCGAAGGUCGCGGCAGCUCAACGCGCACGGCGUUCUACAAAAAGAACAACCGCUGGACCGAAGGUUUGAUUUCUGCCGCCAAGGCCGUCGCAUCCUCAACGAACACUUUGAUCGAAACCGCCGACGGUGUGAUCUCCGGUCGGAAGACUCCUGAACAGCUCAUCGUUGCUUCCAAUGAUGUCGCCGCUAGUACCGCACAGCUCGUGGCCGCUAGCCGUGUCAAGGCCACCUUCAUGAGUAAGACUCAGGAUCGCCUGGAGGGUGCUAGCAAAGCCGUUGGUGCUGCGUGCCGCGCCUUGGUGCGACAAGUGCAGGAGAUCAUCAAGGAAAAACACAGCAGUGACGUCGAGGCGGAAGACUUCGCCAAGCUGAGCUCCCACGAAUUCAAAGUCCGCGAGAUGGAACAGCAGGUCGAGAUCCUCCAACUUGAGAACAGCCUUGCUCGCGCUCGUACACGUCUUGGUGAAAUGCGCAAGAUUUCGUACCAGGAAGAGUAG